UUCAGAUAAGUGCUACCUGUCAGAUAAAACUUCGGCUCUCAAUAAAAUAUAGCUUACUCACUCUAUACGGAAAUGCUUAUUCAAUUUUAAUCCAACCCAUUACUAAGAAGAAGUAUUCUAGCGUUGUAAUAAAAAAUGAUUGCCCAUUCUCCUCGCAUAUGUACACAAGAGCGAGAAAGAAUUUUCCGUAGAACAACAAAAGGGACGCAGGAUCAGAGAGCGCAGGUCCCUGACGGGGUCGACCGCGAACCGAAGAAUAUCAACCCUGCCAAGUACGGGUGGUGGGCGGCAGAUCGGUGGAAGGCAUAAGGUGAAACACAGGGAGUCACGCGAAGCAACCCCCCAGAAAACGGAGGCGGUUCGAGGAGUAUUCGUUCCCUUGCAGCGUGGCGGAUCGGUCAGUCAGUCUGCAGGAUGUGGCGCGCGACGUGGUUGCUUCUCGCGUCGUCGGUUUUGCUUCUCGUCCAGAGGAUCCAUGUCGUCCGCGCUCAGAGGACCCAUGCGCGACAGGGUUUCAACACACGCGAGUCCAGCGCGACGAUCACGAUACCCGGUCAGGGAGUCCUCCUCGGCAAAGAGGUAACUGUCGGCAAUUCGGCGAAACUGACGCAGUAUCUCGGCAUUCCUUACGCAAAACCUCCAAUUAAUGAGCUUCGCUUCGCGCGGCCAGUAACAGACCCUCUUCCCUCUUGGAACGACGUGAAAAAUGCAUCACAAUACGCACCCUCGUGUCAGCAAGCCACGGGCCUUCUCAAAUUGCACGAGAAACUCUACAAACGAUUGCUACCCUCGGACAUACCCGAUCCGGGAUUCAACGAGGAUUGCCUGUACUUAAACAUCUUCGUUCCUGAUGGAAGCCGCCAAAAUGACCAAUGGCCGGUGAUGGUUUGGUUCCACGGUGGCGACUUUAAUACCGGAACUCCAGCGAUCUGGGAUCCUUCCAUAUUCGUUACUAAACAAAAGGUGCUAGUGGUGACGGUGGCGUAUCGAUUAAACAUCCUGGGAUUCUUCACGACGACGGACUCGGAGGCGCCCGGCAAUUACGGUUUAUUCGAUCAAAUCGCCGCCCUCGACUGGGUGAAGCGUAACAUCAAGCACUUCAACGGCGCGCCCAACAACAUCGUCAUCUACGGCCACAGUUCCGGGGCGAUAAGCGUGGGCCUGCACAUGCUGAGUCCCCUCAGCAAGGGCAAGUUCAACAAGGCGAUCGCCAUGAGCGGCGACGCGCUCGGUUCCGUGGGUUCGCCGGAAACGGAGGCCCCGGUCGUUAAAAUCAUAGCCGACAAGUUCGGCUGCUAUCGAGAGCCAACUAGCGCGUUGAUGGAGUGCCUGCGCCGGCUCGACGCCGAUUUCAUCGUCAAACAUUCCUCCGACAUCGAGACCUGGGGCCCGAUCGUCGACGCCGAGACGAAUAACGAAACGGAGCCUUUCCUUCCGCAACACCCGAAGGAUAUCCUGGAUAGUGGCAAUUUCAACGCGGUGCCGCUGAUCGUCGGUUACACGAAGAACGAGCAAGCUCUGGCACUUAUAGAAUCCGGACAGAAUUUGGAGAACGGUCUAUCCCAGGCUAAGUUCGAAUCGAUGAUCGAAGAUGACUUCUCGUCGGUGGUGCCGAUAGCGGAUGAAAAUAGCACUUGCGAGUCAAAGCCCGAGAUGGUGACGAACGCGGUGCUGUUCUUCUACAAGCCGUAUCCACCCACGAAAAACACGACGGUGUAUCGCGACCGAUACUUGGAGCUGCAAACAGAAAAGACUUUCGCGUCCGGUCUGACCUUGCUGGCUGGCAAAGUGGCGAAACGCUCGGCGACUUUUGUCUAUCGGUUCGAUUAUCGUGCCAAGACGCAACCGGUUACGAAAGAUGUACCGGAAUGGGCUGGGGUGCCCCAUAUGUUCGAGCUACCGUUCGUCUGGGGUUUACCGAAUCAUAUUGGUGGCUCGAUACAAUGGUUGCCUAAUGACAGGAAGACGGCCGACGCGAUGAUGACGAUGAUGGCGACGUUCGCCAGGACCGGUGAGCCUUCCGUAACAGGUGGAGCUGGGCCGUCAAUCAAGUGGGAGGCCUUCACGCAGGACAAUCCAGGGAUUCUGAUCAUCGACAAGAAUAUCGAGAUGGGCGAGCCGGACAUGGUGGAUCACAAGGCCCUCGCCUUCUGGAACGAUUAUUAUCCGCAGAUCGUGGAAGAGGCGACGACCUGUUGCAACAUCACCAGCGCGGCACAGAGGCUAUUUUCUUACAGUGUGUAUCUCGGCGGCGUGACAACUACGAUGGCGUUACAUCACUUCUGGUUCUAGUUACACACGGCAAAUAUUUAAAUAAACAGAAAGAACAUAU